ACGCUCACUCGCUUGCGCCCAAGGCAACCUGUCCUCUGGUUCCGCCGGCUGAGCAACAUUCUCGGGGGCCAUAGUAGAGAUAACCUCCUCUUCGUUCUCAUCGUCGGAAGAGUCGACAGAUUUUGGUGUACUGCAAAAGAGACAAGAAUGGCACAUCUUCCUGUAAAGUUAACAAAGCAAGACAUUUGUACAGAAACCGAAGAUCACGAGUAUCUUCCUAUGCGGGGCCUGGAGACCUUCUUAUACUAUAGUGUUAAAUGGGUGCUUGGAGAAAAGUAUUCGGAGAUGGUCACUGAGAAGGUAUCUGCCAUACAGUGCCCGAAUGAGACCGGGGGCAUAAACCUCGCUCUGAACGUUCUGAAGAAAGUACUGGGCCUCACUUCGGUGUUCGUGCCAUCCUCGCACCAAGGUGCUCUUGAAGUUGCCAAUGCGGUGUAUUAUGGUGACAUCAUAACUUACACUGAGAUAAAUGAAAUCAAAGCAUACUUUUUAAAAGCACAAUUAAAGCAGUCAGCGGUCCUUAUUCUGGACUGCAGGAAUGAAAAUGAGGCCUUCUGGAAGCAAGCUUGCAAAUUAGUAAAGGAUUACCGAGUCUUUCCCUUGCUGCUGAUGGCAUGGGUUCCAGUGAGAGACAAUGUUGCCCCUCCAUUGCAUGCCUUCCUGGAUGGAGGUCUCGAGGUCAUUGUGCUGCAGAGCUUUCAGCAUCUCCUGCGCCCCAACGAAGACGGAGCCGCUCUGCUUCUCGGCAUCACGGCAGACGCACAUGGCCGAACUAUGCUCCAGAGUCAGUUUGAGAGUAUCACUCGCUGCCUGUGGGGGCCCCCACCAAACCACGGCGCUCGCAUCGUGGCCAAACUGCUGCAGCACCUGGACAGCCACAACGGGCCGAGCGUGGGCCCCGUGGAGCUGUACCAAAGCAGCUCUGUAAACGGCAACAAGAUUCGGCGUGAAGAGGCACGGGCGAUUUCUACUUUAAAUAAAUGACUAAAUACGGGGGGGCUGGCGGGUGAUCCCCGUUCUUGGCCAGGGUUAGGGACUGGAAAGUUGCUACUUAUGUAGUGCUCGACUUGACGCGACAGCUUCUUGCUUUUCUCUCUCACUUUAUUUCGCUAAUACCGAUCAACAUUCCUCCAGCUAACACCAAUCAACAUUCCUUCCAUGCGCUCUCCACUCGCUCGCCGCGUUCCGCCGGCCUCGCUCGCUCCCCAUCUCUCCUCCGUCGACUAUCCUCUCCACUCUCUCCGUCUUUUUCGGCUCUCCCGUCACACUCAUCCGUAUCUUUAUCAGCUUCUCUGCCACACUCCAGCCGCUCUCUGCUGGCUUCGCCGUCACACUCCAGCUGCUUCUGCUGGCUUCUCCAUUGCUACCUUAUACUUCUCCACUGCUACCUUAUACUUCUCCACUGCUACCCUAUACUUCUCCACUGCUACCUUAUACUUCUCCACUGCUACCUUAUACUUCCCCAGUGCUACCCUAUACUUCUCCACUGCUACCGUAUACUUCUCCACUGCGUUUGGCUCCGCUGCUUCAGCUCCAACAUCCUUCUUUCCCUCCCAGGCGUGAACUCCUGUCCGCUUCAAAACCCCCUCUCUUUAUCCCCAAGUCAAUUAAUCUCCAAUCAAUCGAUGGCACCCCCCACGACGCCCGUCGCCCCCUAGCCCCCGCUGGCACCUGCCAUGUUUUCCCAGACAAUGCGGCGCCACUUAGCGACCACAACAACUUCCCGGCCAAUCAGCACCCUCCGUCCUUAAUUGCUCCCUGCCACCUGUUACCGUCCUCAGACAGCGUGGCAUCACAUCUCGACAAUAACAACUCCCAGCCAAUCAGUGCCCUGUGUCCUUAAUCGCCCCCUACCCGUCUCUGGCCUUUUCCUCAUGCCUAGCAACAAUAACAACCUCGACCUCGUUUGCUCCCACUGAACUCUGUGCGCGCGCAUUCCCACUCCAGCGUGUGGCGCGUAUCUCAGGCACUACACUUAUAACGAAACGAUGUAUAAACGGGGAAUUCCCCCCCCCCUCUUCGUAAGAAUGAGAAAAGGGGGGGGGGGAUAGGGACCGCAAGAGCAUAAACAUUGCCUAUGCGACGCAAAGCGGGGCAAUUUCUCCCAUAAGAGACAAUGGAAUAAGGUAAGGAUAGGCACCGUAACUUUGGGAAUGUUGCGUUUCAUACCUAGCAACCAAACUACCUGUAUUAUGCUGUACAGUACAAUGCACACAUUUUUAACAAAUUCUGAUUUCAAGGACCUUUAAACAGCAUUUAUACUUUCCAAACACUUAAUUGAAAACCAUUUUUGAGCAUUUCAAAGCAGCCCUCUACAUUUUAAAAGAAAAAUAUUUGUGACAUUUUAAAGCAACAACUAACAGAAAACCAGUUUUUAAAAAACGCACGGAAUCUUAAACAGCUUUUUAAAAUGUUACCUUAACCUAUCAUUUUUAUGAUCUCACCUUGAGUGGAUGAGUAGAGGCAGCAGACAGGAUGCUGGGGAUAGAUCCUAAAAUGGCAGCGCACGAGCGAACCACGAGCUGUACGUUUUCAAUACUAAAGCUGAACCCAAAACGUCGUGUAAGAUCAUAAGUACGGGGAAAUUAUACAUUGGAUUCCCGAAAAAUGCGAAACAACAGAUGUCACGGCGGCAUAUACCACGGAUCUCCUUGCACGUCAACUGCUUUCUGUACAAGAUAAAGGUUAACGGUACAGCCCUGCAAAUUAUUUCUUACGACGGUUGGACGCUGGUUCGUUAAGUGCGGGUGUUUGUAAGUCGAGGACUGCCUGUACUCUGAAUAAAGUAUGUGUACUACAUUGUACUCCACAACGGCAUGCGAAUUUUCAUUCCACAGAGAGAUGUAUUGAUGGAACAUUGAGCAACAUUAUACGUACAGUACUGUGUUAAUAUA